AUGCUCCACACGCUCGUGGGGCUCGACCGCGCGGUGCGGGACCUCCGCCUUUACGUUGAGCAGCAACAGCAACAACAGGGGUCUUCCUUGUCGCUCGCGACGGUCACUGUGACGCCGGCAGCGGCGCCCGCGCUUGUGGCGCGGCUUCUCAACGGCGUCGAGGAGGCCUUUACCCCCGACCCCUUGUGCGACGCGGCGGCGUUCUUCGAAAGCGUUGUGGUGCCACUCCUGCAACGGGCGCCGCGGCUGCACAAGACGCAUUUCCCGCUUGAGGAGACGCUCCGUGAGCGUCGGCCCGACGCCCCCGAUGCGUUCCGCUGCUGGUUGGUGGAGGGACUUAAUACGGUUGACUCCCUCCGGGAGGCGGCGCUGCUGCUGCUCGUGGGGAGGCGACCCGCGGGUGACGGCGGUGGCGGGGACAACGUGUUGUUCAGAAAGGAGCAAGUGCGACGGCUGCGGCAGUGCUUGGGACCGCGCACGUACCUGCUUCGGGCGGCGUACAUCACACCGCUCUUGUCGUUGCUUUACGAAGUGUGGCACCCCAGAGUUCACACACGGGCAGGAACGCGGCGUGUUGCUGUGCAGUACCGCCUGCUGCUGGCGGAGGCGCUGCCGCUCUUCCGUGAUGCGCCGCGGGAGGUGCACCUGGAGCGGCUGCGUCUGCACCGAAAGCGGCGAAAGAAGCAACAGCAACCAACGACUUCUGAAGCAGCAAGAACACCAACAAAUUCAAGUGUUGUGAAGGACGGGCUGGCGGGGAUGAAAUUGGCGCCACCAAUGGGCUCUUUGAGUGUUCCUGUAGAUGAUGGGGCGCCCUCGGAGGCGCCGCUGUGGUGGUCCCGGGUUAAAGAAAUGGUCUGCCCCCUCACUGACAAGGACGGCGAGGCCGAUUAUAGACACCGGCAGAAUCAUAACGACAACAAUGAGAAGAUCAACAUUGAUGAUGAUGAUUAUUAUUAUUAUGGGGAAUACUGUUAUGUAACUGAUGCCAGCACUCAGACAGCGGGUAGUGGUGUUGAUAGGAGAGACUGGGAGCAGAGAAGGGAUGGCGCUGAUGGUGUGGUGGCUGCUGCGUGUUUCAAUGGCAAUGUGACGGAUUGUAUUGGAGGCAGCAGUCGUAGCAGUAAUAAGAAUGCUGCGUGUCGAAGUAUUGGCACCAAUACAUUACAACCAUCGCCGCUCAUGACGACUAUGGAGCUGCUGGAUGCGCAAGAGCAGCUAGAGGCCACACGAGCGGCUCUUCGACGCGAUGGAGAAAGUCUGCAGCUGCGCGAACGGCACCUCGCAGAGUUGGAGGCAGAAUACAAGGAGAAGCUCAGCAUGCUCACGGAUGUGCUUCAUGGUGCGAAGAAGUUGUAUAACGAGCUCGUGAUGCACCCUGGAGGGCGAGGCGCUGGUGCAGAAGCAAGUCAGCAACAGCAGCCCCCUCAUCUCGCAGAGGUGGAGGCGCGUCUGCUUAAUCUUAUCGAAGUGAUUUAUGGCAAGGAUGGGGAAGGAGGAAGAGCGGCAGUGCCUGUUCCAGACACACCGGUGACACGCGCCAAGGCCCAACAAACAAUCUUACAGUACGAUGAGCGCCGACGCAAGCACCUGCAACAGGAGCGGCCGCGCACUACUACUGCUGCCCCAGUCAAUGCUGUUGCUUCAUUUGUUGGUGCUGCCAGUGUCGGUCCACUUGUGUUCCCACCGGUGGAGCUCCCUCGUGCAGUGCAGCUGCAGCAGCAAGCGUACCGCUGCCCCGGCUGUGGGGUUUCCCUGGACGGGUCCGGCCAGGGACUGUUCCGCUUUGGCAAGCCGCGCCGCUGUCACUACUGUACGCAGAUUUAUUGCCACGCAUGUCACACGAACCGCACAUCAGUGCUACCGUUUCUUGUGCUGACCACGUGGGACUUUACAACCCGGUACGUCUGCGACAGGGAUCACGCGUGGCUACAGCAGAACUGGAACAAGCCGUGGUGUACAAUGGGUGAUCGCGCGGGCCAGCUGGAGCAGCACCACCUCCACCCGGUUUCGCUACGGGGUUCAGUACAGCUCGCCAAGGUGCUGCGACACUGGUUCCUGGUGUGUUCGCAGAUGGUGCGCUGCUGCAGCGAGCCGCUCGCGGCGGACGUUGCGGCGCCACUACAGACGUACUACGCCGACACAGAUGUGAUGUAUUCUCUCAGCGACAUGUGUGGUAUCCAGUACAGCGAGGAGAGUGGCAUCGCUGCGCGAGAGUUGCGCAGUGGGCGGGGGUGGGUGCUCAGCACCGUUGGCAUUGCCGGUCGAGGACGCAGCAGCAGUAGCUCGCUCUUGCACGACGCAGCGCUGAUUGCCACAACGGUGGGGAACGUUGUGAGUGCAAUGCCGUACCCCGCGGCACUGGAGCGUCUCUGGGCCGCGAUGAGUGCGGAGAAGAACGGCGGCACACCCACUGUUCUUGGUCCUGCUACGGGUACUGCCGCUGGUGUAGAUGAGAAGCGAGUGGACCGUCCAAAGCCGCUGCCGUCAUCAGCGACGUUUGGGCAAAGCACACGUACGUCAUCUGCAUCUGCAGAGAGUGGUGCGGGUUCAAUGCCCCCAUCAUCAUCAACAAGAGGAGCAGCAGGUGGAGGAGGAGGAGGAGGAGCCGAUGGACGGCAGGACUUCUUGCGCUACCUUGUCACGCAGAUUCAGGCGAUGGAGCGGCACCUCCUCCGCGACUGCUCCUUCUGCGUUGCCCGCGCCACGACGGUGUGUGAGUUGUGUGGCGAACGCGACGACCAGACGCGACUUCUGCCGCUCAUGGACGCGGAGGUGGUAGGUGUGCGGCUGCUCGAGGCAGCGGCAGCGGCGGCGGCGUCGGCGUCGGCGGGGAGNCUCAUGGACGCGGAGGUGGUAGGUGUGCGGCUGCUCGAGGCAGCGGCAGCGGCGGCGGCGUCGGCGUCGGCGGUGAGGGAGACACCUCUUAUUGAGGCGGCGCGGGUGGCAGUGCAGUUGGUGCGCGGCAGCGGUGGCGGUGUUGCAGCGUGUGGGAAUUGCGGCACGCGGUACCACAGAGAGUGCCUUAUCAAGACGCGCUGCCCUCACUGCGUGUGA